AUGCCCCGUGGAGUCAUCCUUCGCUGGCAUGAGGACAAGGGUUUCGGCUUCAUCCGCCCCAACGAAGGGGGUGAAAAUGUGUUCUGCCACGUCACGGCCCUGUUAGAUGGAGAUGGCAGCGUCAGAGAUGGCGACGAAGUGAUAUAUGAUGUGGAAUGGGACGACCGCAAAGGGAAGGACCGCGCCCGCGAGGUAGAGGCCGUGGGCGGUAGCCGGCGCAAGCGUCGAAGCCGUAGCCGUAGUCGAAGCCGUGGUGGCGGCGGCGGCGGCAGCCGCAGCCGCAGUCGCAGCCGGCGCCGUUCACCUCCACCCCGCCGCGGCGGCGGGGGCGGCGGCGGACCCGCCUUCGAGAGACGGCCAGGCGACUGGGACUGCCCCAACUGUGGCGCCAUAGUCUUCGCAUCGAAAGACACCUGCUUCAAGUGUGGAUAUACACGCAACUCGAAGCGUGACGACAGCCGUGGUCGCGGUCGUGGUCGGAGCAACAGCAGGUAA